CCGCCUGGGUGCAGUGCCCAUCGUGGAGCACGAGAUGGCGCCGCUGCAUAUGCGCCGUGGCUGCUGGGAGCCGCUCUAGGCCGGGAGCUGGCUCCCGGGCGCUCUCUGGUGCAGGUUGGCGGGCCGGGCAGAAGCUGGGCCGGAAGUGCGGUUUGAGGGUGGCCCCGGCCGGCAGAGUGGAGCCGUGGCCUCUCCUGCAACCAUGAAGCGGGACGUGCGGAUCCUGCUGCUGGGCGAGGCCCAGGUGGGGAAGACCUCCCUGAUCAUGGCCCUGGUGGGCGAGGAGUUCCCGGAGGAGGUUCCUCCUCGAGCUGAAGAGAUCACAAUCCCAGCUGAUGUUACCCCUGAGAAGGUGCCCACUCACAUUGUUGAUUACUCAGAAACAGAACAGACAGAAGAAGAGCUACGUGAUGAGAUCCACAAGGCAAAUGUGGUAUGCAUGGUAUAUGAUGUUUCUGAGGAUUCUACUAUUGAGAAGAUCCGAACAAAGUGGAUUCCAUUGGUGAAUGGGAAAGCAGAUAAAGGGCCCAGAAUCCCUAUCAUUUUGGUGGGAAACAAGUCAGAUCUACGUUCUGGAAGCUCCAUGGAGACCAUUCUACCAAUCAUGAAUCAGUUUUCUGAGAUAGAGACAUGUGUAGAGUGUUCUGCCAAGAAUUUGAAAAACAUCUCGGAAUUGUUCUAUUAUGCUCAAAAGGCAGUUUUACACCCUACUGCCCCGUUGUAUGAUCCAGAGGAGAAGCAGCUAAGACCAGCUUGUGCCCAAGCACUCACCCGCAUCUUCAGACUCUCUGACCAGGACAACAACCAGGUGCUGAGUGAUGAUGAGCUCAAUUACUUUCAGAAAUCAUGCUUUGGAAAUCCUUUGGCUCCCCAAGCCCUGGAGGAUGUGAAGAUGGUGGUGUGUAAGAACACAACAGAUGGUGUGAAGGAUGAUGGGCUGAGUUUGGAUGGUUUCCUCUUUCUGAAUACCCUCUUCAUUCAGAGGGGCCGUCAUGAGACCACCUGGACCAUCCUACGUCGCUUUGGCUAUGAUGAUGAGCUGCAGCUGACUGAUGACUAUCUUCACCCACUGAUCCGUGUUCCUCCUGGCUGUACCACUGAGCUCAAUCACUUUGGUUACCAGUUUUUGCAAAAGAUGUUUGAGAAGCAUGACAAGGACCAAGAUGGAGCCCUCUCCCCUUCUGAGCUUCAGAGCUUCUUUAGCCCAUUCCCUUCUCUGCCUUGGGGCCCUGAACUCUACAAUACGGUAUGCACCAAUGAUAAAGGCCUGCUUUCCCUGCAUGGAUUCCUCUGCCAGUGGACGUUAGUAACCUACCUGAACAUUCAUCACUGCCUGGAGCACCUUGGUUACCUGGGUUACCCUAUCCUGUGUGAGCAAGACUCUCAAACACAUGCCAUCACAGUCACCCGAGAGAAGAAAAUGGACCUGGAAAAGGGACAGACACAGAGGAAUGUCUUUCUUUGUAAAGUGAUUGGUGCUCGGGGUGUAGGCAAGUCAGCAUUCCUACAGGCCUUCCUUGGGAAGAACUUAGAGGCCCUCAGGAAGCACCCAGGAGAACAAUCCUUCCAUGUCAUCAACACAGUGCAAGUCAACGGGCAGGAGAAAUAUUUAAUACUGUCUGAGGUAGAAGCAGAUACACAAUUCACCACAGCAACCAGUGCUGCCUGUGAUGUCGCCUGCUUGAUGUUUGCUGCGAAUGACCCUAAAUCCUUCACCUACUGCACCAGUAUUUAUAAGCAAUACUACAUGGAUGGACAGAUCCCCUGCCUCUUUGUUGCCUCCAAGUCUGAUCUGCCAGAAGUGAUCCCACAACAUUCGAUGUCCCCAGCUGAGUUCUGCUACAGGCACCAUCUCCCUCCACCAUGUUCUUUCACCAGCAGGGGUCCUAGUGCUCCUAGCACCACUAUUUUCACCCGACUGGCAACUUUAGCCACUUUCCCGCACUUGAAUGAUUUAGAACUCCGCACAGCCUCCUUUUGGCUCCGGAUGACCCUGGGGGCCACUGUGGCUGCAGUCCUUGGAUUCACCCUUUACAAGACCCUGGUGAAGAACAAGUAAGGGGAGGGUCUGGGUCCCACCAGACACUGUUGCUGUAAUUGGCUCCUCUUCACCAUCCUGCCAGGGCAGAUCAGGCUGCCCCUAUCCUGGAGGAACACUCCCUGAUGAGCUCUGCCUACCUCUGCCUCAGAGCCUGUUCUAUAGCCUGGACUGGUGUUUCGUGAUACACCCACCUCCCACUUCCCUUCCCCCCCCAUCUCCUCUAAACUCAGUGUUCCCAAUCUCAGGGUCCUUGGGAGGGACUGAGAAAGCAGAUGGACCUCCUUCAGAUCAUAGCUUAUAUUUUUAGAGUUUUUACAGUUUUCAGGCUCAGUCACCUAAAGAAGCCAUCUAACUCAGAAAAGAGUUGGCUUCAGGAAGUAGGAUCUCUAUCUUUCCGGCUUGAUUUUAGGCUAACACAUGUGAGGGGAAGGGAACCAGCAAACUCCAGAGAAAGCCUAUGGUAGUCAACAGGAAGAUAUUUCUUUCUGACCCCAACUUUCAGCCUAGGCUUACAGUGGGGAGAGUUGACACCCAGAAAGACUACAGAAAUACAGCCUUCGGGGUUCUCAGCAGUACAAAUUUCUCUCCGUUAGUCACAAACUGGGCCCCGGCCCAUGCUUACUCAUCUGUAUCUGACACACUGAUUCCCAAAGUAGUAUCUCUAGCAGGAUUCUAGGCCACAUCUUUUCUCCUUAGCUGGCUAAAAUAUUCUUGCAUCUCCAUCUUCCUCCUCCCAGCCUCAUGCCCUUGGCCUCUCCUUGACUGUAGAGUGCCACGUGCUUUGCUCUGCUCUAGGGGUUUGUGCCAUGCUGGCAUUACAGGAUUAGGGAAUUCCAAAAGAGCCUGUGGUGGGGAGGCAUGUGGCCUCAAACCUGGAAUUCUCCUUAGCUAGCCAAACUUUCCUUUCCUGCUUUGGAGCUCUAAGGUUUCCUAAGCUGAAGUAUAUGCUGAAACUUGGAUCUAAGAUUGAGGAUAGGGUUGGGGGACAGUAUCUGGGGUGAGGGAGACCAUUAGGAUUUUUCCACCACGAGUGACCCAGAUUUUGGUCUGAUGAAAUAAUCAACCCUCAUUUAUCACUUCAGUAUGCAUAUCCAUUAGGGCAUGAAAAAAAGAGUAAUUUUGUUUCCCAUUUAAACUGGAAAUUUUAUAUUUUCUAUUGCUGGGACUUCACACUUUGAAAAGUGACUUUUUAUGUCAGAUUUCUUCAUCCUCAGCCUUUUUUUUUUUUUUUUUUUUUUUUUUUUUGCUGAGGCAGUUUUAAGUGACUUGCCCAGGGUCACACAGCUAGAAGUGUUAAGUAUCUGAGGCCUGCAGGGCCGGUGCUUUAUCCACUGCGCCACCUAGCUGCUCCCAUCCUCAGUCUUAAUGUGGGCUGGAAUUCAUGCCUUUUCUCCCUCUACUUCCUUUUUCUCUUCCUCUGUCCCUUACUGUAAAAGCAUAUCUCUUGAAAAAUCUUCUGUGAGGAAUAAUCUCCCUGUCACAUCCAUGUCUGUUGUCUGUCCCUUUCCUUUGUGCACUCAAUGCCUCAUCUGGCUCCUGAGUCUGAGGCAGGGGUGAGAAGCAGUCAAUUAAGCAGGGAGCAAGACUUGAACCUUUCAAGUACACUCAGGGUAGGGCAGUUUACGUUGUGCUAUUGCAAUAGUGUUAUGUAAACUACCUUUUUAUGCAGUAAUCUAUUUUUAAAAAAGGAUCUAUUUUAGAGUCACAGCCUGGAUACAUUCCAGCCCUGGUUCUGUGUAUCUGGAGCAGUGUUUUGUGCUUGGUUUUUACUGACAUGAAGGGUCUGUGUUAUUCACUUAGUUUACUUUAAAGGGGAGGCCUCAUGUAUUUAAAAUAGGUAUUUUCCAUUUGAGGCUGAGUUGUGACUUUCCUUUAUGAGUAGAAAAAGGGGGUGUUGCAUUUCCCCACAACAAUCUCUUAAACUUCUCCAGCCCUUAGAUUACAAGCGAGACAUAAAGAUGCAGACAAGAAGAGGAAGUAUUAAUACACUGUCCUAUUCAGCUAGGAUAUGUCCUGGGGUUGGCAUUGUGUAGCUAGCUCUGCCUCGUAUUGUCAAGAGGUUUCUGUCACUGGGAGUGACAUAGUGUCUGCUGAGGUGGUGUUAAGAGCCCAGGCCUGGUGGUCAAAGGGCUGGAGGAGAGACAGGUUUUGGCCAUCUUUAUCUCCUAAAUAAAUAUGUGCCGAACAUUUGUUCUCCAGGUUGUGUCCCCAGGCCAUUUCUAGGUAGGGACUGGACUGAUUCAACCCAAGAAAGUACAGGGCGAAAUCCAAAGUGUGUCCUAGAAGAGAACCAACUUGGGGUGAAUGUCCAUUUUCUCUUUGAGAUGUAGUUUUGAGGGGAGUAGGAAAAGAUACUAACGUUAUGCCAUGGAGGAGUGGGCUUCUGGUUCUCUAUGUCCUGACUUCCAGUUUGGGUACAAAUUCCUCUUGAGAGCCAGUACUCCUGCUUCUCUAUACUCCCAAUUGUUGGACUACCUGUGCCAUUUCUUGACACAUACGUGAAAGGCAGUUGGUGUUUUCAUAGUAGUAAGGGACCUUGGGUUUUUUCUGGGUGUGAGAGAGAUCUUAGGAGGCUCUACUGGUCACCAGCCUUCACUAGUAAAGUCUGGCUAAACAGAAUGCUCCCAGCUCCAGCAUGACUUGGAGAAGCUAGCCAAGCGCCUCAGCCUGGGAUAUCUGGUUUUAUCACCGGCUGUUCCCCAUGCUGCUCUGACCCAGAGCAUUUGGCCCAGUGUCCUGCUGCCAAUGCUGCUCCUAUCCAGCCCAGGAAGAACAAAGUCUGGGUUGGGAUCCCAAGAAAUACCACUUCUCACCUGCUAUUUGAUUAUCAUGUUUAUUGUCCAAAGCCAUAUAAUUUUAUGAUGGGAUAAACACUUUUCAAUAAAAUAAGUGUUUGUGCACACUAAA